UAGCUACAGAGAUCAAAAUAGUAUUUGGUACCAGACUGUAAACAUGUUAGUGUCUGCUGUAAAUUUGGACAUUUUAACAUGGGGCUCUCUGGAAAUUGACUCACUUUUGGAGCCAACCUGAAGUGGCCAUUAAAAGAACUGCAAGUUUUGGCAGUUCUGUGUUGGCUUCAUUGUUCAACACUGGAGCUGACCACUUGGUGAUGUCACUGAUGAUCACAUGUUUAAGUUGAGGGGAGUCGCUUAUUAGUAAACAACCUGCUUUGGUGAUGGCAAAUGGGAAAAUGGGAGGAAAAUGUGCGCUGUUUGGCUGUUGUUGGCACACUGUUGCUCACCCUGGGUUUAGAGGACAGUAGGUUGCAGAGGCACUGUGUGCUGCAGCAGACAGAUAAGCAUUAAUCCUGUGUACGUCCCCUUAUCGUCGUACAAGAAGAUCUUAUUUUUUUGCCUUGAAGGGUGAACCGUGCACUCAUGAGUUCAGUUCUUCAUUUUUAAUUUUGCUUGAAAAUGGAUCUAAGGGGGAAAAAUGUUGCUGAAAUGAUAGCAAAGGUUAUUGCUGAAGCGUCUGACAGCGACGAUAAUGUUGAGGUGAUGAUGGCAGGGAAGUGUUAUACGUCUAUCCAAGAGUUUGCCUCGGCGAUUCCCAACCACCUUCUCCUCGGAUCGCUGCUGGAGCACCUGUGCUUCCUCUACGAGAGUAAUCCAGCACGCUCACGCACGCUGUUUAAAGUCAUAGGUCAGCGUUUAGUUGCCAUAAACCUCCUCUCGCCUUUGGCUGUGAGCGACGAGUUCAGCACCAUCAGACUCCAACAUAACCGAGCUUUCACCGAGCUGCUGCAUGCUGCCAGCUCCUCGCUGUAUCCACAGGGCCAGCAGUGUGUCGGCUCAGACUCGCACAGUGUUGUCGUGAGGUCGAAGGAGGGACUAUUUCAGGCACAGACCUCGAGGUAUCUUAGUGAGUUUGAAGAGAUCUGCCGCCUCGGAAAAGGGUCAUAUGGAAAUGUAUUUAAGGUUCUAAAUAAACUUGAUGGGCAGUAUUAUGCCAUGAAGAAAAUUCUCAUCAAAAAGGUGUCAAAGGAUGACUGCAUGAAGGUCCUCAGGGAGGUCAAAAUGCUGUCUAGCCUGCACCAUGUAAAUAUUGUGGGCUAUCACACUGCAUGGCUGGAACAUGUGCAGCCUGCUGCACAUUCUGCACCGGUGCUGCCUGCACUGGAAUCACCUGGACAACAUGAUCGUACUGAUGGAAGCCUCAACAACAGAAGUAGCACAGGCUCCUCUAUCGUUUUUCAAAACCUCAGCCAACCCCAGCCACAUAAUGGGUCAGGUGCCGAAACACAUCCAGGAGAGAUCCCAUCUGUCACAGCCCUUGUCCCGGCUCAAGAAAAGAUCCAGAUGUUGUGCCCCAAGACAAGGGUUCUAAUUCCAGAGGAUUACGUCCCCUGUGUUUUCCUGGGUCAGCGAGGUCCCCUGAGGAACUCUAAAUGUCCCAGCAUGAAAUGGGACAGCUCGGCACUAAUAGAGGAAGGGUCUAGAAGGAGCAGCAUUGAGCUGAAUAAUAACUCCCUCAUUGAUACGGAGGUCCAGCAGCUUGCCGACAAACACAGACAGAAGGCUUCGAAAGAGGCGCAGUUCCACCUGAUGCUCUACAUCCAGAUGCAGCUGUGUGAACAGUCACUGAAGGACUGGAUCUUUGAGAGAAAUACUAAACCCAGAGAGGAGCAUGCAUCAAGAUGUCCUUAUGGGUGUGUUGAUGCUGAACUCACACUCAGCAUGUUGAGAAUGAUACUUGAAGGAGUGGAGUACAUUCAUUCCCGGGGAAUCAUGCACAGAGACUUGAAGCCAAGGAAUAUUUUCCUCCACGGACAUGAUUGCCAAAUUCGGAUUGGGGACUUUGGUUUGGCCUGCAGGGAUUUGAUAGUGGAUGACCAUAAAAGUGCUGCCUCACCCAGCAGCGGUUUCUCUCAUACUACAGGUGUUGGUACAUUUGUUUAUGCUGCACCAGAGCAGCUGAAUGGUUCCAGUUACGAUUCUAAGUCAGAUAUGUACAGCAUUGGAAUACUGGCUUUUGAGCUUUUCCAGCCCUUUGGGACUGAGAUGGAGCGGGUGCUGACUCUUGGGGACCUGCGAGAAAGAAAAAUUCCAAACUCAUUCUGCCAGCGAUGGCCACUCUUGGCCAAGCACAUCAUUAAGCUAACAAAUAAAGAGCCGUCUGUUCGGCCCACAGCUACCCAGCUUCUACAGACUGAACUUUUCGGCAGCAAAGACUUGGUGAUCCAUGGCUUGCAAAGAAGAGUUGAAGAGCAGGAGAAGGAGAUCCUGCAGCUGAGAACGCAGAUCAGUCAGCUUCGUAGUUCACAAACCUCACUUCCUUAGUCAAACAAAACUUGAUGUAGAAAAUGUCAAUCCUGCAGACUGUCAGUGACAUUUAUUCAGUUGCUGCUGUGCCACAUUCUGAUUACUUGGUGCAUGUUUAAGCAUGUGUGACCUGUGGACCUGAAAGUGCAAGUAUUUAAAUGCAACCAUGUGUGCAAUAAAUCUUGUUUUCUAUC